AUGACCCGGUCAGGCCGGACGGCAUUCUGCUCUCUACGGGUGCUGAGUCACCAAGAUGACACGGCGUUGCUGAAGGCGUACAUUGUGGAGUGGAGGAAGUUCUUCACACAGUGUGACAUUCUGCCCAAACCUUUCUGCCAGCUGGAGAUCACUUUGAUGGGUAAGCAAGGAAGCAACAAGAAGUCCAACAUGGAGGACAGCAUCGUCCGCAAGCUCAUGCUUGACACAUGGAACGAGUCCAUUUUCUCCAACAUUAAAAACAGGCUACAAGACAGUGCCAUGAAGCUCGUCCACGCCGAGAGGCUGGGGGAGGCCUUUGACUCACAGCUGGUCAUCGGAGUGCGGGAGUCAUACGUAAACCUGUGCUCCAACCCCGACGACAAGCUGCAGAUCUACAGGGAUAACUUUGAAAAAGCGUAUAUGGAUUCUACUGAGAGGUUUUACAGAACACAAGCACCGGCCUACCUCCAGCAGAACGGCGUCCAAAACUACAUGAAAUAUGCUGAUUCGAAGCUGAGGGAAGAGGAGAAACGUGCCCUGCGUUACCUAGAGACGAGACGUGACUGCAACUCUGUACAAGCAUUAAUGGAGUGUUGCGUCAAUGCGCUAGUAACAUCGUUCAAGGAGACCAUCUUAGCCGAAUGUCCGGGCAUGAUCAAACGAAAUGAGACAGAGAGUGAGUACGGCAGGACUGUUCCCACCAAAGGCUCAGCCAGCUCAGAGUUGCACCUGAUGUUUUCUCUCAUGGACAUGAGUGGUUGCACCAUCGGGUCUUUGUUGCAGGACUCAGAGAAAUACGUGGAGCAGCUGCUCACCCUGUUCAACCGCUUCAGUCGACUGGUGAAAGAGGCUUUUCAGGAUGAUCCACGCUUCCUGACUGCUAGAGACAAAGCCUAUAAAGCGGUUGUGAAUGAUGCCACGAUAUUUAAAUUAGAGCUUCCCAUGAAACAGAAAGGGGUAGGGUUGAAAACUCAGCCUGAGUCCAAGUGUCCAGAGCUGCUAGCCAACUACUGUGACAUGCUCCUGAGGAAGACUCCACUCAGCAAGAAGCUCACCUCUGAAGAGAUCGAGGCCAAACUCAAGGAAGUGCUUUUAGUCCUGAAGUAUGUCCAGAACAAAGAUGUUUUCAUGCGCUACCACAAAGCCCACCUGACCCGUCGGCUCAUCCUGGACAUCUCAGCCGACAGCGAGAUAGAGGAGAACAUGGUGGAGUGGCUCAGGAUAACACAAAAGCCUAAAGACUUUCUUUAUGCUAAGCUAACUAGUAGCUGGUUUUAGCCAGCAAGGUGCAGUAAUGUGUACUUUUGACUGGGAUGUGCUAUAACUGUAAACUUUCUCAUGUUGGUGCGCUCCCUUGCAGCUGACUCGGUCAACAUAAAGAUCCUGAAUGCUGGAGCGUGGUCGAGGAGCAGCGAGAAGGUUUUUGUGUCUCUCCCUACGGAGCUGGAGGAUUUGAUACCUGAGGUAGAAGACUUCUAUAAGAAGAACCACAGUGGCAGGAAGCUUCACUGGCAUCACCUCAUGUCCAACGGCAUCAUAACGUUUAAGAACGAGGUGGGCCAGUAUGACCUGGAGGUGACCACAUUCCAGCUGGCGGUGCUGUUUGCCUGGAACCAGCGACCGAGGGAGCGGAUCAGCUUCGAAAACCUCAAAUUAGCCACUGAGCUGCCUGAUGCAGAGCUGCGACGCACUCUCUGGUCUCUGGUAGCGUUUCCCAAACUCAAGAGGCAGGUGUUGCUCUAUGACCCGGCAGUGUCUUCGCCAAAAGACUUUGCAGAAGGAACGUUAUUCUAUGUCAACCAGGAAUUUUCUCUCAUAAAAAAUUCCAAGGUUCAGAAAAGGGGGAAGAUCAACCUGAUCGGUCGGCUGCAGCUCACCACGGAGCGAAUGAGAGAGGAGGAGAACGAGGGCAUCGUCCAGCUCAGGAUACUAAGAACACAGGAGGCCAUCAUCCAAAUAAUGAAGAUGAGGAAGCGCAUCAACAACGCUCAGCUGCAGACGGAGCUGGUGGAAAUCCUAAAGAACAUGUUUUUACCACAGAAGAAGAUGAUCAAGGAGCAGAUUGAGUGGCUGAUAGACCAUAAGUACAUAAAGCGGGAUGAGACGGAUAUAAACACCUUCAUCUACAUGGCAUAGCAGAGCACAUUAGGACGACUUGUUCUGACUUUGGUUUCAGUGGAUCAGGCCUGAUGGACACUAGAAUACUUCCAGGCUCCCCGUCCUUUAUUUAAAAAAACAAAAAAUCCUGUGCAGGGAGGCAUGAAUUUUAAGACUGAGUCCUAUUUAAAAAAAAUUCAACUUCCUGCCUUAAAGUUGUACAGACAUAAAAAAAAACAAAAACAAAGACCAGUUGCAGUGGGAGUCUGCACCAAGUGAUCAUAAGUAUUUUUAGUUACGGCGGGGUUCCUCUGCCGUCCAGAUGAGGCUGUUAAUCUUUAAUGGUCUGCUUGUGAUGCAGUGGAGCAUCAUCGGGGCAGCCACUAUAACACUCCUGCUCAGUGCUUGCACACUUCUGAAGGCAUGCUGACAGGAAACGGCCGAGGAACUCAAAAUACCUGCAGUCCACUUUUAAUCCAUGCCAAAUCCACAUCAUCUGAACGUUGAAUAAAGUGCCGCCCGCGUCCCUCAAAGGCUGCUAUAACCUGUUUAUGGUGGCGGCUCUCUGCAGUUAAAGUGAUCAAACACUUAAUCUGGACUUUGUGUGAAUAAAUAAACAAAACAAGAUAAGCACUUCACAGUUUGCAGGACUGAACCAGACAACAAUCUAAAGCCAGCUCCAGACUCCCUCAAGCCUCUGGCCCUGGGUAAAAAGUUAGAAUCCGAGUCCCUGCGACCAAAUGUACCCAGGAACAGAGGUGGGGGUGCCGGAGUGACGCCAGGAAGCCUGGGAGAGGAGGCUGAGGUCAGUAUUACACAUGGUUAAAAACUACAAUUCAAAGCUAUAAGAAAGUGUACUGUGAGAUGUGAAUAAUGAAAUGAUGAAAUAAACAGCACCUUAUUAUAAAACAA